CAGCUGAACUGAGAGGAAGGAAAGGAAGAAAGAGAAGUAGUCAGCUCAAAUGUGCCUCGCAGCGCUGCCGGGGCGCGGGGGCUUGGCUGGAAGGAUCUAGUUUCCCUUCGGUGGCAGGAAAAGGAGCCACGGGAGGAGGCAGAGACGGACACACAGACAUGCCCGUCCCGUCAGGCUGCUGGCUCCUUCUCCUCUGCCUCGCUGCCGCUGGCAAGCAGCUGUCACUACAAAUCACUCCGCCGUGUGAGAGCGAACAACACUAUGAGUACUCUGGACGGUGCUGCAGGAAGUGUGAGCCAGGGAAAUAUUUGUCUGCUAGAUGCACUGCUACUUCUGAUAGCGUGUGCCAACCAUGUGGCCCAAACGAGUAUAUGGAUGUCUGGAAUGAAGAAGAUAAAUGCUUGCUACAUAAAAUAUGUGAUCAAGGGAAGGCCUUGAGAGAAGUGAACCCAGGGAACAGCACGUUCCAGCGGCAGUGUGCUUGUACAACGGGCUACCACUGGAGCGAGGAUUGCGACUGCUGUCAGCGGAAUACCAUGUGUGCUCCUGGACUUGGAGUCAAGCCUCCUGUGCAACAAGACAGGGACACAAUGUGCAUACCAUGUCCCAGAGGCUACUUCUCAAAGGUCUCCUCAUCCACCGACGAGUGUAAAUCCUGGACCAACUGUACAGCUCUAGGAAUGGAAGAAAGUGUGCCUGGGACUGACAAAUCUGACGCAGUUUGUAAAGAACGGAAGAUGCCUGAACCAUCAGAAGAUGGUUUGUGUCCUCGUAUGGAUUGCUGGUUGGAAAGUAGGAGGGAUGUGAUUACUAGAGGAACAAAUAGAAUCUUAUACGUGUUGAUUGUCAUCUUGUUCUUUGUGACACUAAUUGGCAUUGUCGUCUUCAUCGUGUACUACAAGAAGAAGGGAAAAAAGCUGACAGCAGAUCUACAGAACUGGGCUAAUGAAGUGUGCAGCCAAAUAAAAGGAACAAAGGAACCCCCCAGAGAUGCGUUUGUUUCUGUGAACAUCACAAAUGCUGCUGUCCCCCAGAGGGCUGAAGACACGUGUCUCCUGGUCCCCUCGGGCUGUCCUGUCCCUGGAAACUCGUGCUGCACCUCUGGUCAAACUCCUUGCAGGAAUGAGAGCCCCAGCACAGAGCCUUGUGAGUCAGGAGAGUUUUCUGUGGUAACCGAGACUGAUAAUUACCAAUUCCCACCAGUUCCCACGGAAGAUGAAUACAUGGAUAAGGAUCUUAAUAACACUGAUUAUUUAUCUUUACUAAGUCAGACUGCCAGUAAAACCGUGUCAUCAUUUUCAGAACCAAUGGAGGCAGGGGAGAAUGACAGCUUGAACCAGUACUUUUCAGGUAUUGGGAGCACAGAGGAUGUAUCAGUCUCUCAAGGCUUUCACCAUCCUUCCAACACAAAUGGGGCACACAUUGCCAUGGACCAACUUCUACAGAAAUCAUGCCAACGUGCCCACAGUUGCCCCAAGGAAACAGGCAACAAAGACACAGAACAUUUUGCAACAAACUGUGACUCAGAGAAGAUCUGUGUGAGGUGUGGCAUUUUGUACAGAGAAUCUCCCCAAAAGUGUAGCAAACCCUGCUGUGCUGCGGCUGACAGCACCUCCACCUCCCCAGAAACUGGUUCCUGUACCCAGUGCACCUGUGGUUUGAAUUUUCUCUCUGCUGGUCAGAGCACUCUAACAAAUGAUCUUGGUGUGGAGGAUGUACCUUCAGAUAGUACCAACAUGAAGUACCAGAACACAAACAGAAGCACUUCAGGGACACACGGAAGCACUUCAGGGACAAACAGCAGCACUUCAGACCUCCCUCCAGCAUCUGGAAAUGUGACUGGAAACAGCAACUCCACCUUUAUUUCAAGUGGACAAGUGAUGAAUUUCAAGGGCGACAUCAUUGUUGUCUACCUUAGCCAAAACUCUCAGGAGGGGGCGACGGCCUCGGGGCUGAGCGAGGAGAACGUGGGCAGCCCCGUGCAGGAGGAGAACCUCAGCCGCUGCGAGACUUUUGCCGGCAAUGCCCAGCACUACAAGGAGAAGUGUGCAGAGCUGCAGGGCGCCCGCCCGGCCCCGGGGAGCGGGGGGCCACGAUGGCUUGGUGGAGCCCUGGGCCAGGAGCGGGGCCCCUCCUGUGGUGGACAAGCCUUCCAGCCCGUGCAGGAGGAAGGGAAGCUGGGACACUUCUCGGAGAAGGUGUUGAACUGAGGGGGCACGGUAUCCUCGCUGUGGGCCAGGGCACCGGCACACAGCCCCCGACGAGGCUGCUGCCGUGCUGCCAAAAUCCUGGGUGUCACGACAGACUGGGAGACUGUUGCUGCCCCUGGUGUCUCCUGGGAACUUUGACAGCUGGAAGGACCCUCACGGCGCACAUGUCAGUGGUGGUGGUGGUGGUGGUGCUCUGGGUGGAGGUGGCCGACGGGGAUGGGCGCACGCGUGAAGCCGGGCACGCUGCCCCUGUUGCAGAAGCAGCAGCAGGGCUUUCUCCUCUCCCCCAGAGGGAGAUGGGCUCCCUGCCUGCCCCCCAUUCCCUGCCACCUCUCCCUGGCAAGUGGCAAAAGGGAACUGAGAUCUGUUGAUCUGGGGACUCUCUGAGGCGGAGAGCACUGCUGGCCAGGUGUGCAGGGUGCUCCUGGAGAGGGGACGAUGUGGCCACGGACUGGAUUCAUGGGGGCCCCUGAAUUCUGCCUCAGGGUUUCUUUUUUGCAACUAAGCUGUACCCAUUUUGCUGGGUCUUGGAGGUGGAAGGAAGCCAUGGUGCUGCUGCAGCCUUUGCCUCCCUGCGGUGAUGUGGCAGAUGGCAUCAUCCCUUCCCAUCUUUUCCCAAGGAAGCAGACACUCCAGUCCCAAAUCAGCAAUCAGCACCAGAGCCAAGGUCCUGGGCUGCCCUUAUUGACUUGUGUGUGUGUAAUGCUGCCACAGGCAGAUGAUAGCAUGCAAAAUACAGAUGAUAUGCUUUAAAAGCAUGUCAGAUUAAUCUCGAGCAAAGAGCAUUCAUGGUGACCCUGAUUCACCUCUGCCUUACUGCACCUCUCCAGAGGAGUUCAAACCUCUGGAGAUGAGAGUGAUGUGUGCCUGGUACACUGCUGCAGGAAUAACGUCACUAUAGUUUAAGACAAAGAGCUGCUAGCAGGUGGAGAAAGAGUCUGUGACUACCAGCUGUGCAUAUUUCCUGAGUUACAGGAGAGGGAGGGAUUACCCAAAGAUGGAGAAUUUGGUCAGGGUCAAGCACUUGUUCUUUUAUCUGCCCAAACAAUUUUGUCAUUCCCUUUGCUAUUUUCAUUUAUAGGCAGAGAUUUACUUUAGGUAGCAUGAAGCUAUUUCCAGAACCUGGCCUGUGUAAGCUGAAGUCAGAGAGUAGCCUCUGUCACACUGGGAGCUGAUGAGCAAUGGGACCAAAGGUUUGGCAUUAAAGAAUAAUAAUAGUUGUAUUUAGAAGGGAAUCUUGGCUACUUGGCUGGCUUUGGUUCAUGUGCAAUAUCCUACAGCCUUCUCCAGUAGCUACUGUGGAGAGAAAAAUGAAGGGAACAGAGUCUUAAGGAUCUCUCAAAAAAAAAGAUAAUAUUUUUAAUGAUUUCCUGACAAGGGAUAAUUUUCUGACAUUCUCCUGCAGAUGUAAGUGCUGCAGGAAUCUAUCUGCAGCUGGAGCCUUCAGGAGGGCAAGUGCUCUGUUUCCUGCCAGACAGCAAAGGGAUCUCCUAGUGUAGUUUUGGCUUUGCUGAUGGAAAAGGUCUCUGGUUGGGAGGGAUUCUCCCCAGAAAGAUUUUAAAGCUGAGGGGUUUACUGCAUAGCUGCUGUUUGCAGAAGUACUUCUCUGUGGGGAAAGAGCACCUACAAAGCUGGCAGUGUGAUCACUGUGUCACAAUGAGCUUCUCAUGCAUAAAACAAAAGGAUGGGCUUAGCCACCUUCACCUCUCCGGAUAAUAAUUCUGCAUUGUUUGUAUAUCUGGGAUGUAAAGUUCAGUACAAAUGUUCAAGACUGUCUCUUGGGUGACUGGUAAAAAUGGAAAAUGAACAGCCAGUCACUUCCACCUCUAUGUGGCCUUUGAAAAACUAGAUCACCCUAGCCUAGACUCAGACAGGCAGGUAGAAUGUCCCAUUCAGUGAUGGCCCCAGCUACUUCUGCCUCUCUGAAGGUGUGUGACUGAGGCUCUCUUGUCUGUGGUAUUCUUUUGUCUUUCCUGCUGGAUCUUUUACAACCUCUUUCUAGUCUCUUCUGGAGUAGUUCUGUAUCCCCUAGGCACUGGUACAAUAGGGACAAGGAAGCAGAACUACCAUCACCUUCAGGCAAGGUGGUAUAGAUAUUUUCCUAGUUCAUCUUAAUUUCAGUUGCUUUUUUCUGGAAAGCAUUCUCCAAGACAUCAGUCCUGCUGGAAGGCAUCCAGCCAGCCCCAUUCACAGGGCAGGCAGGACUGAAUUCUUCCACUCAUCUCUGGGUAAAUUACCCAGGUCUGUCUUCUUCUCCUUCUGCAGCUUCUUUCUUCCCUUGGUUUGUAACUGCCACCGGAGAGCAGGCUCAAAAUCCUGGUUUGAAGGGAGACAAUGGGAAUUUACUAUGUGUCUUCAGUGAGGACACAUUUUUCACUUGUUGAAUUUCAGAUUCUUACUAAGCAAGGACUGAAACUAGGAUCAUCAGCAAACAUGAAGAAAUGAGUCCCAUAUGGGAAACAUGAUGCACUAACAGACCUAGUUCUUUUUCUUCCUCCAGCGUCUUUUUCAAAAUUAAAAAACAAUAUCACAGCCAUUAGCAUGCUGCAUGUUCCCUGGGUCUCUGCCUGGGUCUCCUUAGACAAGGAUCCCAAAGGGACUUCUUUAUCCUCAUGAUUUCAUUUGUAAUCAGUUUGGAGCUGGGAGUGGAUUUAACAUCUAUUUGUACAACAGGGACCUGUGCAUUGGGCACUAAUUUGGAAGCUUCUGGCUGCUAUUGUAAUACACAUAAUUAAUGGUAAUAAAAAUCUGAAAUAAC